AUGCGGUCUUACGGGGAAUUGAAAUCUGAUAUUUUGCAUCUAGCAAACAACUGCGACUUUCUACGCCCUGCUACCACUGACGAUCACACCUACACGAGGUUUGCAAACCCUCCCCAACUCGACAAAUCAGACCUUGAUGAAGGGAUGUACUGGUGUGUGAACAGCGCUAUGGACGCGCUUUUUGGUGAAGACGUGAUAGAUAAACACCUUUUCUCUGGUCGCUAUGGGAUGGAGUAUGUGCUGAGAUGGCUUGACAAAGCACGAGAGCAUGUAACGUGGGACAAAAAUUCGGAUCUACUUCUCAAUGUCAAACUUGAAAAGAUUCGUAAAAAAUUGAUUGAAAAUGGAGCCCUUCUGCCUGAACCGGAUCAUCAUCGUACACCUAGUCCUAAGGCCACAAAGGGAAAAAAGCGACGAGUGAUCUCGGAGACAAUUGUUUCACCAAUCAAAAUAGUUGACAUAAAGGGUGUAUCCCCUCCAGCCAAGCGGUUACAAAUCGAGUCGAAAUCAUCAAGAUCCGAUCAUUUGAAUACCAAUAAUGAAAAUACUCCCGACAUCGAAAUACUAUCUUGCUCUAUCGUAACUUCUGCAAAACUAAAACCGUCAAAAUCUUCAACUUCCUCAACAUCUGCUGGCCAUUUAGACGCCGAGGAUGAAAAUACUAGUGAACUCGAGAUAAUAUCUUGCUCAAUUGUAAAUUCUGCAAAACAAAAACCGUCAAAAUCUUCAAACUCGAAGUCUACCAAAAAGAAUUCUAAUUCAGCUCCUACAAUUCAAAGUCAUCACACGAGUAAAUCAAAAUCAAAGACUUUGGUGCACGGCACUAGGCCAGUUUCAACAGUGUUGACCGGCUGCCCACUCACAAGUGGAGAGAUGAUAUGUACACGAUGCAAACUGAAAGACGAUGAGAACGGACUUGAGUUUCUGUGUCAUUGUGGCCACAAGGGCAUCAAACUUUAUGGAGGUCGGGCUCAGAAUGCAGAAGUUCACUGGGAAUCAAAGAAAUGUACCUCUGCAACUCGAGAGAUACGACAGACUGCUUCUGCGGCCCUAUUCUUUUCAAAAUUUGUCCCAAGCAAAGAGCCUAUCAUCUCGAAACCUCUCGUUCCAUGCGCUGGGAUCAAUGACAAGACCUGGAAGCGACCGAAGGCGACACGAGACAUUCUUGCAUGUAUCAAGGGUGCUUCAAAUAUCUACCACGGGUGUCGGCCUCGAGAAGUUAUAUGUAAAGAGAUGUUUGGUUUUUCAGCGCACAGCAAACUAAAUGAUGAUCAGAGACAGCGCUGGCAAAAUCAAUUCAAAGCCGAAGCGACAUGGUGGAUUAAUCGUAGCUCACCUUUCCAAACAAUCCAUUCUACCAAAUGCCUGGGUACUCUCCCUCGAGUCUUACUACAGGGAUUCAACUCUUAA